CUCAGCUGUGUCAAUUGAACCAACCUGGUGUGUGUGUACAAAAGGGCGUUGGCAUGUAACUGAGCAAACAGACUUUAACUAGGUCAGUCCUUCCUGGGUUUGCACUGCAGACACAAGUCCUGCCUCCUCUCCUCGUGUGAGUUCAUCUGGAAUAGGGCAGGUCCUGCUGAAGAUGGCUACAGUCACAGCCUUAGUUUUUCUAACAGUACUUGCUGCCGCUUUAGUAGAUGCUACAGAAACUGCAGAGAAAACGGACCCCUUUACAUAUGACUACAGUCAGCUGCGUGUGGGAGGACUGAUCAUGGCUGCUGUCCUCUGUCUCAUUGGCAUCUGCAUCCUCUUCAGUAACCAUUGCAGGUGCAAAUUCAAACAAGACAACAGGAAAAGGGCCAAUGGCACUGCAGCCACAACCGAGCACCUGCUUUCAUCUCCAGCCCGGGCGAGCGAGUGCUGAAACUGCAGAGCAGGUCAAACAACAAACAUGGCCACUUGCAGCUACUGUUUCCAUGGUGAUAGGUCAAGGGUAUAAUCAAGCUUUCUGAAAUCGGUAUAGGUCAGAGGUUCCCAUCCCCAAGGGUACUGAUGCAUCCUGGAGCCGCGAUGUGUCUGCUUUUAAUAUCAUAACAUGUACACUGCUCCUAGCUUUUUGUAAUAAAUUUGUAUUUAUAUUCCAAUAAAGUUUCUCAUAUUUGUUUGGUUAA